UUCGACGCUGGAGCGGCGGCGCGCGAACAGUGGUGCGCCGGGACGGCGGACGGAGGUGUGGUGCGGUGGUGACGAACGUCGGCGCGGAAGAGGAACGCGAACGGUGAACAGUGGCUGCGAAGGCGGACCCGCGUGUAGGACUGUGAACGGCUGAAAACGCCGGGGCUGGCAGCGGCGGAGGAGAUCGCGACCGGUGAGGGCGGGCCCGUGGCACACCCAUGGAGAAGCUGAACGACUACACCGGCGGCUAUUGGAGGAUCCAGGCCAUAAAGGAGGCUUGGCACAACUGGCGCGAGCGGCGCCGAGGAGAUCCGGAGGCCGGGGUCGGAUCCGGUUCCGGAUCCACCGCCGGGAGAAUCCGUGACUGGAUAGUAACCCGCGGCACGCGUUCGCGCGAUGGUGACUACUCUCACGUAUACAGAACCAAGACGCGUGCCGAGCUGCUGCGGAUCUCGGCGGCCGUGAUGGGCAUUGAGUUCUGCUACGCCGCCGAGACGGCCUUCGUCUCACCCACGCUGCUCUCAAUCGGCGUGCUGCACAGCCACAUGACGCUGAUCUGGUGCCUGUCGCCGCUGGUCGGCUUCUUCCUGACGCCGGUGCUCGGCUCGAUGAGCGACCGAUGCCGCAGCCCGCUCGGCCGUCGGCGGCCCUUCGUGCUGCUGCUCUCCGUCGGCAUCGUGCUAGGUCUGAUCCUGGUGCCGAACGGCGCCCUGAUCGGUCAGGCGCUGGGCGACCAGUACGACGCGCCGGCCGAGCCGCGCGUCUUCACUGGCGGCGCCGACCAACCUGACGUACCCGCUGCCGGCGCUGGAGGGCGCCGACCGGGCCGCCAGUACCACACCCACCCCUGGGGCAUCUUCUUCACCAUCGUCGGCACGGUGCUGCUGGACUUCGACUCGGAUGCGUGCCAGAGCCCGGCCAGGGCCUUCCUGCUCGACAUCACAGUGCCCGAGGACCACGCCAGGGGCCUGAGCACGUUCACCAUCAUGGCCGGCCUGGGCGGAGCUCUCGGAUACGCCAUGGGGGGCAUCAACUGGGACGCGACGGUCAUAGGAGAGGUGUUCGGAGGUCACGUGCGAGCCGUGUUCACGUUGGUGCUCUUCAUCUACAUCGCCUGUCUGAUGACCACGCUAUGCAGUUUCCCGGAGAUACCUCUGGACCUCAUCAACGCCCAGCUCAAGGAAGACGAGAAGGAGAGGAACGUCGGGGAGGGCGAGGUGAUGCUGACGGUGAACCCGGCGGACGAGGCGCCCCGCUCCUACGGCACCGUCACAGGCGACACCAGUCCCGCCGCUACCGACCUGGGCGAGACCAGCUUCAUGACCCCGCAGCCCUCCCGCCCCAAGGUGCCGGAGCUGCCGAGCCCGGGCGACGAGCCGCGGGUGACGCUGAAGGAGUACCUCCUGUCGAUCGUCUACAUGCCGGCCUCGCUGCGGGUGCUGUGCGUGACCAACCUCUUCUGCUGGAUGUCGCUCGUCUGCUACUCUCUCUACUUCACGGACUUUGUGGGCGAGGCUGUGUUCGGCGGGAACCCCCAGGCUGCAGUGGGUUCGGAGUCGCGCUCUGCUUACGAGGAUGGCGUGCGCUUCGGUUGCUGGGGCAUGGCCAUCUACUCACUCUCCUGCUCCGUCUACUCAUUCCUCAUCGAGUCAUUGGUUCGUAAAUUCAGGGCCCGGCCGGUGUACGUGGGCGGGCAGCUGGUGUACGCCGUCGGCAUGGUGUUCAUGGCCACGCUGCGACACCGGGUGGCCGUUAUAGUAUUCUCAGCCUGCGCCGGCGUCAUGUACUCCACACUUUUCACCAUGCCGUACCUGCUGGUGGCUCACUACCACGUCUCGGGAUCGUUCGCCGCCUCCGAGGGCAGCGACGUCAGGACGUCCCAGGUGCGCGGUUUGGGCACCGACGUCGCCAUCGUCUCCAGCAUGGUCUUCCUGGCGCAGUUCGUGCUCAGCCUCUGCGUGGGCUCGAUCGUAACGGCCGCUGGCACCACCACCAUGGUGGUCAUCAUGGCGUCGGUGCUGAGCACAUGUGGUGCCAUCACGGCCACGCAGGUCACCUAUCUGGACUUGUAGUGUAGACUAUACCCGAAAGGUGGCGGUAGCGGUACUUCGUCGGGCCGGCCGCCGAGGCAAGGGCUUUGCCGUGAGGCUGGGGCAGACUUAACUGAGUUUGGAACGUUGGGGGCAGGGGGCAGCCAGGAUGGUGUGAGCACUUGGACGCUGUUUUGUUAUGACGAAAUAACUGGCUGCACAUCCUGUAUCCUGUUGACUAACAUGGACAGUGGCAUGUUGCGCGGCCGAAUAGCACUAAAUUAGUCACAGUAUCAGCGGCAUCUCCUUUUAUCCUCUUUCGCGCUUUAUCCUGCAUUCUCGCGAUGCCCCAUUCACCUAGGGUAGGCUACAGGCGCCAGCCAUGAGUGGGCCGAAGUGUCGCCUGCUAGUGGUCUCCGUCCGAGUGCAUACCCCGCACCAGGGUUCCCUGCGCGGGCUAGGCCUUGGUUGGAUCCUCUGGUGUGUGUAGUCUUGCCGCACCGUUGUGCAUUCUCCUUCAUCCUAUAGCCCUGAAGCGGCCAAGACGGGCUGAAAGGCCUCUAAUCCAAACAGCCAAACGACCAACCCAGUGUCAGACGGUGACCGAAUGGACAUGUGCGGCACGCAACUGAGACGACUGUUUUCGGCAUCAGGGCGAACCAAGAUUAACAGUCCAUUAACCCACUCGGCACCGUGCGCAUUCGAGUUUGCGGCGUCAGUGGUCUGUUCGGAUUGCGUCAGUUCUGUGAACAGAGCAGGGACUGGGUCCUGAUAAUCUGAGCGCCCGUUGCAAAUCCUGGUGGUCCCCCUCACCCAGGUCAUAUAUCUUAGCUGCGCACCUGAUUGAGGGCGGUGAUCGAUAGAAUGGAAUGAUGAGCUUCUUGGUAAGCGUGGAUUAACGACGCCUUCUGCAUCCCGCACAUACAUUUUGACCACGGAGUUCGCGGUAACCAAUGUUUAGGGCCAGGGGUACAGCUGUUAGGGGCCGGGAUACAGCUGUCCCAGAGCUUACUAAAUGGAUGGGAGGGAGAUGUUCAACCUUUGACAUCUAUUUGUUGCUUUAUCUUCUAUCAACGCCUUGACACUCUAGGAGUAUGUGGCGGCUGGCAGUCACCAGUUGACCCAGGGGUGAGCAUGGCUGCCUGGUCCACCCGGCUGUCUGCGAACAUGCCUGCAUAGGGUGUCUAUGCCGGCCAAUUCUCGGCAACCCAGAUAGCCCAGGUUGGCUGCGGUCCUACGCCGUCAGCAACCCUGCGCUUGACUCCGCCCCGUACCUCCGUAGCUCUGAAAUCAUCACUCACAGCCGAACAAGCUCCGGUCGAAACGGACCAAAUCAAACCUAGGAGGCAUCAGGGUACCGUGCCCGUAUAUAGUUGUGUCGUAAGAAUGACCGACCUGAUCAUGUUGUGCACGACAAAAGAUGUGUUCCCGUUGUUUCCGUUUUGUCCCCGCUCCUGCCCUCUACCCACGAAUUUCCACCGCCGCAGUGUCCGCGAACGUUUUUAUUGUGGAUGUUUCAAGCGUGGUCUCCACAUCAGCUGUGAGGACCUCGGAACGUUGUUUGUAGACGUGACGUUGUUACUUGAUCGUUGUUUUGUGACGCAGUAGUUUUACGUGAUGGUCGAAUCAGCGUCACUCGUGGGAACGCCAGAGGACUGGUCACGCGGGCGUAUGGCCGGUGCGCCAAAGUCAGUCGUGAAGUCAGAGCCAAGGACACUUGAUCAUGAUCGGGUGGAAAGAUGCGCCGAAAAAGAUGUGCGUACUAUAUGGGCAUAAGAAAAACGGGCUCGUUCAGUGUUUCUUAUCCGAAACUCUCCUCACGACGGAAGAGGGAUGGGAGCAACCGGCGGAAACGGCUGCUGCCAGACCAGAACAAAAUGACCAGGAAAUUCCCCAACAAAUCUUCUAAGCACCAGAACAUGGCCUUCCAAUCAGGUUCAUAGACUCGACCCAUGCGUGGUGUCCGUGCCAUCGUCCUAUACAAAGGCUGGAAGCGCAAGGUUUCCGCAAGGCUAAGGAUGCUGAAGGUCAUCGAAUGACCUCAGGUGGCCUCGCAUGUUAUCCACAGGAAGCGAAUGGUGGUAUGGUUUUACUAGUAUCAGCUUUACUGUGCGGAUAUACGUGAGCAUAAAAAGAAGUGGCAGAAGAAUGGCACGACUUUGUCUCCCCGACCUGGCAGAUCGACCGUAGAAGAUGCUGCCAAAUGACCGACGUAAGCGAAUUCGGGCUCAGAUGUACUCAGUCGUACUUAGAAGAAUGCAGACCAGGUGCCGAGCUCCUCUGUACUUUUACCCUACAACUACCCUAACCCAGCACUUACUCUACCGCUUGCCUUUCUACCUGUUUUUUGUUACGGGUGGUCUUGCACAUCGGGUGUGGAGUCAGAACAAGGUGUGCGUCUCCGUGUUUCCGUGAAACGAUUUCUCUCCCAUAGGUCCCCGGAGAAGCACACCUAUACGACCCCAGAGAUUUCAAUGUUCCCAGCAUUGCUUUCGGCGUGCGCCCAACGUCAUGAUUCGACCCAGUGUAAUUCGUGUUGUCAAAUCAAGUGUGCGAUAUCACCCCAUGUGUUUUGAAUGGCAUAAACGCCUGCGUACUGAGAACUGUUUACGCAGCAGUACUGCUGGCGCAUACGCGAAUCGAUACGACUGCGCCCUGUGUGUCCGUCUGUGCCGUGGCCGCGUGAGCUCGGUGACAGUGCUUGCGUCGUGUAGUCGCCUGUAGCUAGUUGGCUGUCUUCCGUUGUCGCUGUUACUCGGUUGCGAAGGAUCCAGCUAUAUCAUUGGAUCGUAUGACUGGCUGAAUACAUGUUUUAGU